AUGCCUCAACAGUCGCAAGUUGACCCUUUGAGCUGGACACUCCUCUUCAAAAAGCACAAGACCACCGUGCUUCUCACGCUCCCGCCUUCCGAAUCAAUCAUCACCGUCAAAGCCACCCUCCUGAAAGCUCUUCAAUCUCGCGAAAUUAAAGAGAUCAACGGCGCCCCCGUUCCUGAAGACCCCUCCGAGAUCGAAUUCGGAGUGGCCGUGGACAAGAAUGAUCUAGAGAAAGGGUGGACGAGGCUGGAGCCUGACAUUUCGCAGUUCGACGACGACGAUGACGACGAGGCCCCCAGGCGAGGCGCUGGGAAAAAUACAGCCAGCUCUCUAACUCUCCAGUCGGCCGAAUUGCGGAAUGGACAGUCUAUUGCUUUCCGGUUCCAGGAGCCCAAGGAGAACGGUGGGGCGGAAGAUGAUAUCACGUUAGAACUCGAGGAUCCUGGAUGGGAUGUUGUGCUUCCCAGCCUGGACGAGGAAGAAGAGGAAAUGAACUGA